GGUAUACGUAGCAAUGAUGCUUAUCUCUUUCUCUAUUACCCACUUCAUUAUAUUACACCAAACUUCACACACAUACACAUUAAAAUCUUCAAGAUCGGCAUUGAAAUUAUCAUCGGAGAAAGAAAAAUCACCAACAGACAAUGGCGCGUUCUUCAACUGAGCGAAAUACACAAAAUAAAAAAAAGGAAGUCAUAGUGGUAACAGAUUCGGACUCGGAAGAAUCUUUCACUUCGGAAGAAUUCGACUGGAACGCACCAGAACCAAAUCUCAUUUUCAUGCCCUCCUCUUGUUCACGUUUUCGGAUACCAGUUAAGGUCGCAAGAGCCAUGGGAAUCGAUAGAUGCGGAAAGGUGACCAUUGAAAACAUGCGUGGUGUGGAAACAAAUCUGAACGUCUCGGCUGAACCAAAACGAUCAAAAAAGAAAAAUCGGUUUACUGUUUUGGGAUGGCCAGCAUGGGUUCGUGAAAACAACAUCAAGAUGGGUUAUCUUUGCGUUUUAGAGUGGUAUGACGAUAUGCCUGCACUCUUUGUUAGGGAUGUAAUCGAAGAAUAAUUGGGUUAGUACCAUAGAUCGCCACCGUUCAACCAGUUUGUAUGGUAAUUUUGUCUAACUAACGGUGUUGGCAGUAGGUAUAUAAGUUUGUAGGAAAUGUUGUUUGGGAAACUGUUACAAUGUUUUGUUUAUGUUAGCUGUUGGAAACAACUAAAUAAUAUUUUGGCCUAUGUUAUAUGUUUAAAUAUUUUGAUAC